AUGGGCAGAAGCCUUUACAGGCCAGUUAUGCCUGUAACAUUAAAUAUGAAUAUGACUAUGCCUUCUUGGUUUGAUAUUAUUGGACUUUCACCUGGUUCACAGGAAGAUGAACCUGGAAUCAAGCAGGCGGCAGAAAAUGUCAAAUCUUUGAUGGACCAAGAAGUGAAGAAUGGAAUUCCUUCUAACAGGAUUAUUUUGGGAGGAUUUUCCCAGGGAGGAGCUUUAUCUUUAUAUACUGCUCUUACCACACAGCAGAAACUGGCAGGUGUCAUUGCACUCAGUUGCUGGCUUGCACUUCGGGAUUCAUUUCCACAGGGUCCUAUCACUGGCACUAAUAAAGACAUAUCUAUCCUCCAGUGCCAUGGAGAUUGUGACCCCUUAGUUGCCCUAAUGUUUGUUUCCCUUACUACUGAAAAACUAAAAACAUUGGUAAAUCCAGCCAAUGUAGCCUUCAAAACCUAUGGGGGCUUGAUGCACAGUUCAUGUCACCAGGAAAUGAUGGAUAUCAAGCAAUUCAUUGAUAAAGUCCUACUGUCAGUUGACUGA